AUGUCAUCAUCGGAGGUCCCCUGCCCCGCAUGCAAAUGGACCCCAGAUCAGCAAAGACGCUGCGCCUACCAAAGUAGCGUGCGCCUCUUCCACGGAGCCCACGAUCGGGGCUACUGGUCCCUCGGCUCAAAAUUUCUUCUCAAGGAGCGCGGGAAAGAUCCCCCCAGCCAUGAGGUCAUCAACACCCACUUCAUCAGAGAGAAUACCACCAUCCCCGUCCCAACAACCGUGCAGGAGUGGACCGAGGGCGAGAAGUAUUUUCAGGUCGUCGAGCGGGUGCCUGGGGUACCGUUAGAGGAGAUCUGGUCGUCUAUCCCCCAACCCGACCGGGAAAGACUUGCUCGUCAGACCGCGGAGUAUCUAGGGCAGCUCCGCUCGUUCCAUUCCGCUAAGAUGCAAAGUCUCCAUGGCCAACCCGUUUGCUGUCCUCAUCUUUUUGCCGAUGAUGGAUUCGGGGUUACCCAUGGCCCAUUGAGCACGGCUGACGAGUUUUGGGGGGUUUUGGCAAAAUCUCUAAGCGACAAACUACCGGAAGUUGUUAGGUUGCGGCUCCGUGAUACCAUGCCCUCUCCUCACCCAUGGACUUUCACCCAUGGGGACUUGACUCACUGCAAUAUUAUGGUGGAUCCAGCCAACUUUGAAUUGAGCGGUCUGAUUGACUGGGAGGGCUCGGGGUAUUUACCUGUGUGGUGGGAGUUUAUGGGGGCUAGCUUCGGGUUCGGUGAGGAUGACCUAGAGUGGAAGCGUCUGCUCCUGGGAAACAUGGCCAAUCAGAAGGAGGCUCGUACAUGGUUUCUGGAAUUCAGGUCCUUUGAGUCACGUUCGAGUGAUUCAGAGACGCGUUUGAGAGUGCUAAAGGAAUGUGGCAUUGAGGAAGACAUCUAUAGAGAUCUAGACAGUACAUAG